GCGGCGCCCGGCUCGGCGCGGUCAUGGUGGCCCCGAUGUGCGGCUCUCCCGGCGGUCGCCUGGCUCGGGCGCUGACGCGGGCGCUGGCGCUGGCCCUGGUACUGGCCCUACUGGUCACGCUAUUCCUGAGCGGCCUGACGGGCGCGGUCCCGACCCCCGAGGGCCACAGGGGGCCCGACGGGCCGGUGCCUCCCACCUCCCGCUGCCGCUCGGUGCUCCUGGACACCGAGACCGGCCAGUUGCGCCUGGUGGAUGGCCGUCACCCUGACGCCGUGGCCUGGGCCAACCUCACCAACGCCAUCCACGAGACCGGGUGGGCCUUUCUGGAACUGCACACCAACGGCCACUACAAUGACAGCCUGCAGGCCUACGCCGCAGGCGUGGUGGAGGCUGCCGUGACUGAGGAGCUCAUCUACAUGCACUGGAUGAACACGGUGGUGAAUUACUGCGGCCCCUUUGAGUACGAAGUCGGUUACUGCGAGAAGCUCAAGAGCUUCCUGGAGACCAACCUGGAGUGGAUGCAGGCAGAGAUGGAGGCGAACAAGAACUCCGCUUACUGGCACCAGGUGCGGCUGACCCUGCUGCAGCUGAAGGGCCUAGAGGACAGCUAUGAAGGCAGUGUGGCCUUUCCAACUGGGAAUUUCACCAUCAAACCCUUGGGGUUUCUCCUGUUGCAGAUCUCUGGGGACCUGGAAGACCUGGAGCCGGCCCUGAAUAAGACCAGGACCAAGCACGUCCUGGGCUCGGGCUCCUGCUCCGCCCUCAUCAAGCUGCUGCCGGGCCAGAGCGACCUGCUGGUGGCCCACAACACCUGGAAUUCCUACCAGCACAUGCUGCGUGUCAUCAAGAAGUACCAGUUCUACUUCCGGGAAGGCCCCCAAGAGGCCUCCCCGCUGAUGCCUGGCAAUGAGGUGGUCUUCUCGUCCUACCCGGGCACCAUCUUCUCCUGCGAUGACUUCUACAUCCUUGGCAGCAGACUGGUGACGCUGGAGACCACCAUCGGCAACAGGAACUCGGCCCUCUGGAAGUACGUGCAGCCCAGGGACUGCGUGCUGGAGUGGGUGCGCAACGUGGUGGCCAACCGCCUGGCCUCGGAUGGGGCCUCCUGGGCAGACAUCUUCAAGAACUUUAACAGUGGCACGUACAACAACCAGUGGAUGAUCGUGGACUACAAGGCAUUCGUGCCCGGCAAGCCCAGUCCUGGGAGCAAGGUGCUGACGGUCCUGGAGCAGCUCCCGGGCAUGGUGGUGGUGGCCGACAAGACCUCGGAGCUCUACCAGAAGACCUACUGGGCCAGCUACAACAUCCCGUCCUUCGAGUCCGUGUUCAACGCCAGCGGGCUGCAGGCCCUGGUGGCCCGCUUUGGGGACUGGUUCUCCUACGAUGGGAGUCCCCGGGCCCAGAUAUUCCGGCGGAACCACUCGAUGGUGCACGACAUGGAAUCCAUGCUCCAGCUUCUGAGGUACAACGACUUCCUCCACGACCCGCUGUCACUGUGCAAAGACUGCACACCGCAGCCCAACGGGGAGAACGCCAUCUCGGCCCGCUCUGACCUCAACCCAGCCAACGGCUCCUACCCUUUCCAGGCCCUGAGGCAGCGGUCCCACGGUGGCAUCGACACCAAGGUGACGAGCAUGGCCCUGUCCAAGGUCAUGGGCCUGCUGGCGGUCAGUGGCCCCACGUGGGACCAGCUGCCCCCGUUCCAGUGGAGCACCUCGCCCUUCAGCAGCCAGCUGCACAUGGGCCAGCCCGACCUCUGGAAGUUCUCGCCCAUCCGAGUCUGGUGGGACUGAGGCGCCGCCUCCCUCUGCUGCCUUUUGCCCGCUGACGCCCAGCAGGCCACUCCUGCCCGCACCCUCCUUGGGCUCCGCCCCGCUGUGCCCAACCUGCCCCCUGGGGCUGCCUCCCGGGGCGGGAUACAGAACCCCGAGGGUGCGGAAUGAAAUCUCCCUCUGGGAGUGGGUGAGUGCCUCCCCGCUUCCUCUGUCUUCCCAGGUCUGACUGUCUCUCCUCUCUGGGUUACUCUCUCCCACCUGGAGUCCCAUCCUCAGGCUGCCCCCUCCUGAAGCUUUGAGAAGGGCCCCGGAGUCAGAUUCUGGGCCUCCCGUGGGACAGGAGGGGACUGGCCUGGCCCCUUCCUUCCAGGGUCGUUCCUGCCGGGGACUCUGGGGCUCCUGCGGGGUCUAAGACACGGGCAUUAUCUCCGGGCACUCCAGGCCCCAGCCGUAGCCCCUCCGCUUCUUUGGGAGGGAACCCCUGCUUUCCCUUCUUGGCAGCUUCCUCCAGGGCAGAAACUUGAAAACAAACAAAAACCAAAGUUUCUGGUGCCUUGCGUUGGGGGGCCUGAACUCUCUGGGGACUGACUCUGCCGCCAGCCCCCAUGCUUCAGCUCGUGCCCCUCCACCCCCAACCUGGGCCUGCCCCUGGCCUCAGGGUAGCACCCUCAGCUCCCCUGCUGUGGAACAGAUUGCAGGCUGUGCUGCCAUUAAAGGAGAGAGGCUGAG